CCAGAGGACUCGUUGAUGUCAUUCGUGCUUGAAGUCUCGAUAAACAAAUGCCAGCAAGGACGAAGGGUAAAAUGGCAACGUUAACAAGAGAAUGCAUAGAUUUCAUGUCACCAGCAGAUAUAUCAGACAAUUUAACAGAAAAUUUGCACAUUUAUGAGGAGUUUCUAAAAGAAAGAGAAACUGUUCAAAGAGAAAUAGAACAAUACAAGAAUGACCUACGGGUUAUAGAAAGAACAAUGGAGAAGCAGAAGCAAAAACUCGAGCGCUUGAAGUUUUUCAUUGAUAAUGAGACAGAACAGAAAGAACAACUGGAGUUGACAUUGGCACAGAACACAAGACCAGCUAACGUGAAAGAAAAAAUACAAUCUACAAAAGAUCAGUUGAAAAAAUACAAGGGGGAAGAAGGGAAGAUUUUUUCAACCCAUUUAGAUACAUUGCAGUCCAUAAGAGAAAUAAAUGCAUUGAUUUUGGACCAAACUGAAAAAUUAAUUGAUCUUGAUACGAAGAUAUCGUGCAAAAAGAAAAACAUUUUACUCUUGAAGCAGGGACAAAAUAGGUUGAAGUGGUCGUUGUGAAUGUGGUUAAAUUAAGUCAUCGGUGUACGAGAUUAUGUAGGUUCUUUUAACAACUAAGAAAGAAGUGAAAGGCGAAAGUUUUCUCAAGGUGUUUUCAGAACUGGGAUCUCGUUUUGUCAUAUCCUGAUAUUUUGAUGUUUUGUUUUGUUUUCCUUAUCAGUGUGUUGCUUAGUUAUCUGAUGCGAAGGAGCCUGUAUCCGAAACGAGGCCAAGAAAAGAGUUCUGACAACACAUGGUAAAGACUAGGCCAGGGGCAGCAAAGUCGUAUGCACAAAGUUUAAAUCGUACAAAAUGAAUCGUGCCUUCAUGUGGCUCUUGGUCCUUUCGACCAUGGCACUGACAGCGCUCACUUCUUCAGCUAUUGAUAAGUUCAUGAACAAAUGUUUGGAUUCCAAGAAUCACAAGUCCGUUCCAGGGACAGAAGGGAAGGAGUUCGUUGGUCACUGCAGACCAUGGUCAAACCAUUCAUGCUGUACUGGAACUACAGCUCAGAAGAUAGAAACUGAUGGUAUUCUUUCUUUGUAUAACAUGCUGCUUGAUCAGUGUCCUUCUAUUAAAGGGAUGUCUGAUAAGUGCAAAAGGCAUUUUAAGAAGGACACUUGUUUUUACGAAUGCUCCCCUAAUUUGGCCCCAUGGAUCGUCGAUGACAAAUUUUCUAAGAAAACCCGCACUGAGAGAAUAAUGCAUAUCCCACUUUGUGCAUCGGAUUGUGAUCAGUGGUUUGAAGAUUGUAAAUUCGACUACACAUGCAGUGGUAACUGGGGUAAUAUAAGCACUUGGAAUUGGAAAAAGAAGGGUACACCUGAGAUGUGUACCCAGCCUUGCAAAACAUUCAAAGAGUACUUUGGCAACCCAAAAACCUUUUGCGAAAGACUCUUCAACUAUUCCUUCAAGUAUGGAUCCAGUAACAGCUCAGAAUGUAUGUCUAUGUGGCCAACCUCUUGGAAAGACAAUUUGAAACUUGCACAACAGUAUGCAAAGGAUAGAAUUUCAAAAAAUCCAACCAGUUUUGCAUUGAAAGUUUAUCCAAGUCCAUUGCAGACAACUUUACUGCUGCUCUUUAUAACUGCAUUUUUGUAGAUCAUUGCUGAAUAUUUUGUAGAUCAUACAAGUUGAUUUAGAAACUGACUUUUUUCCCAGGUUGCCAUUGCUAGUUUCUUGAAAUGUUAAAAUAUUGAUCAAAUAGAAGGUAAAGAUAGUCUAUUUACACUCUUUUUUUAUAAGAACCAGUAAAUUUAAGUUCAGGCUGACUGUUCUUAAUUUUUUUCGAAAAUCUGAGGCUGGAUUGUUCUUAAUUUGUUCUUAAUCUAUAGGGUGUAAGCUGUCCGAGUGCUCACUUUUUUGCUCUAGGGUGAUGUGCAGGCCUCAUUUGCCAACAAAGUGAGUGAGACAGCCUUAAUUUGCUGAAAAAUUUGAAUAUUCACCGAAAAAGCACCCACACAUUGCUAAAAAUCCUCAAUUUUUAGAAAAAGCGUUGUUCAAAAUUGCAUUUUGCAAAAGCUCAGCCUCAGUUUGUUCUUAAUUUGUCCUUAACUUUUGACAAAUUUUGAGGCUCGUUCAAAAUUGUUCUUAUAAAAAAAGAGUGUAUUUGUUGUAAUGUUGUUGAUUAUGAUAAUUGUUUGUAAGUGUUACUGAUUCUUCCAAUUUAAAUUAAUUUGUUUCAAAGAUUUGUAUGCUUUAUUCUUUUCUUUGGAAAGAUAGAAAAUCUAGUAAUUUUGAUUCUACUUCCCAGAAGGAAGUUGUGCACCAGACGAUUGGCUUCUGUAAUUAACCAAAAGGAAGUUCUGUUACGAAACUAAGAUUUUAAGCUUCCCUAAGCCAACCCAUCAGCAGAAAAUAUAUGUAGUUUUAUAUAUCUUGCCACAUUCAAUUGAUUUUUAAUGUUGUUCACAAUCUUAAUAAAAAUUGAACUCAAAUCAAUUUUUUCAGUUAUACAGAAGAGUGAUGGCAAUUCUCUAAUUUGACAACUGAUUGCAAAUAUUUUGUCUCAGAUGCAUUCAAGUGUGAUUGUGAUUGUAAAUUAGCAAGUAAAUAUUAUGAUUUUGUGUGAUA